UUUUCUUCUUUUUUUAUUUUUUUUGUUGUUGUUAGGAGCGUGCGUGAGAGACAGCACAUCAUGGUACGGAAUCGGAGAAGGAUGCCUCCGCGGCGGUGCACGGCGUCUAUGGGCAGCAGCAACGGGAGCGAGAGCGAUGCGUCAGACUUGGUGAUGCGGUGCCUCUCGUGCGAGGAGGAAUACGACAUGGACGACUCGGGAACCUGCAGGGAGUGCUACCAGGAGGCCAACGAGGCUGAGGAGGAGCUCCGCCGCGAGAUCGAAGAGCUCAAAUCCAAAGUCUCCUUCCUCACUCUCCCCUAUCCCAAUCUAAACGCUUCCACCGCCGAUAUCAUCCUCGUUCCCGUCGACGACUCCGACGCCGUUCCCAUUCCCGCUCACAAGCACCUUCUGGUUAGUCGCUCUCCUGUUUUCAAAGCAAUGCUUGAGAACGAUAUGGCAGAAAGGCGGAGUGGCACCAUCAAGAUUUCUGACAUAUCAUAUGAUACCCUUAGUGCUUUUGUUAAUUAUUUAUACACUGCUGAAGCGUCCCUUGAUAACGAAUUGGCCUGUAACCUGUUGGUUUUAGGAGAAAAGUAUCAGGUGAAGCAUCUCAAGACAUAUUGUGAAAAGUAUUUGAUCGCCAAAAUGAAUUGGAAUAAAGCUAUUUCUAACUAUGCCUUUGCAUAUCAAUACAAUUGCAAACAAUUACGAAGUGCGUCCUUGGCAGUGAUCUUGGACAACAUGGACCUGCUCACUCAAAAUGAAUGUUAUGCGGAGCUGGUGGACACUAAUCCUCGUCUUGUUGUGGAAAUAUAUGAAACAUAUAUCGGCAAGCAAUUAAAUACUGCAGGCGCAUUUUAGGUUAUUGGAACAGAGCUAAGGAAGCUAGUGAAAUCAUCUUUAAGCUGAGGUGUGAUACUUCAGUUGGAAUUAUAUUCUUGAUUAGUAAUUAGUCUGUGGUAGUAUUUAAUUGUACAUUAUCAUACACUACUACAAUUAAACAUGCAAUUGGACCUAAUACCUCUUUCAUUAUAGUAUUGUUCUUUCUAGAUUACCUUUUGGUUCUUGGUAGAUUGGGUACCAGGUAUUAUUAAUUUUUAUUAGUGCAGUGAUUAUCGAUGGAGAUUCCUUCUAAAUGUUACUAUUGUUGAAAUGCCA